ACGCCAUCAUGGGUAAACCUUCAGGGCUACACACAGCCCGGAAACUAAGAGGACACAGAAGAGUACAGAAAUGGCACGAUAAGGAUUACAAGAAGGCUCAUUUUGGAACCAGAUGGAAGGCCAAUCCCUUCCAGGGCUCUUCCCAUGCCAAGGGCAUCGUUUUGGAAAAAGUUGGUGUUGAAGCCAAACAGCCCAAUUCCGCUAUCAGAAAAUGUGUCAGAGUUCAACUCAUUAAAAAUGGAAAGAAAAUUACAGCCUUCGUUCCUAAUGAUGGUUGUCUAAACUUUAUUGAGGAAAACGAUGAAGUAUUGGUUGCUGGAUUCGGUCGAUCAGGUCACGCUGUGGGAGAUAUUCCUGGUGUACGAUUUAAAAUCGUUAAAGUGGCUAACGUUUCACUGUGGGCUUUAUUCAGAGGCAAGAAGGAACGACCACGAUCAUAAAAUGUAUCAAAUAAAAAAAAAAAUACU